AUGGCCCAGCUGUACUACAAAAAGGUCAACUAUUCUCCAUACAUAGACCGGAUUCCAUUGCAGAUUGUACGUGCAGAGAAUGAGCUUUCGCUGGAGGAGAAAGCUUAUCUGAAUGCGGUGGAAAAGGGGGACUAUGCCAGUGUGAAGCAAGCUCUGGAGGAAGCUGAAAUCUACUUUAAUAUUAAUAUCAACUGCACAGACCCUCUGGGACGGAGUGCACUCCUCAUAGCAAUUGAAAAUGAAAACUUAGAGAUCAUGGAGCUGCUCCUGAGUUUCAGCAUCUACGUGGGGGAUGCAUUGCUCUAUGCAAUACGAAAGGAAGUUGUUGGAGCAGUUGAGCUUCUGCUGCAUUAUAGGAAACCAAGUGGAGAAAAACAGGUCCCUCCUUUAUUGAUGGAUGCCCAGUUUUCAGAAUUCACUCCAGACAUUACACCCAUAAUGCUUGCUGCACAUACCAAUAACUAUGAGAUUAUUAAACUAUUGGUACACGGAGGAGUCUCCAUUCCUCGACCUCACCAAGUCCGGUGCAACUGCGUGGAGUGUGUUUCUAGUUCAGAAGUUGACAGUCUCCGUCACUCAAGGUCACGCCUGAAUAUAUACCGUGCUCUUGCAAGUCCUUCGUUAAUAGCCUUGUCAAGUGAAGACCCAAUCCUCACAGCUUUUCAGCUAGGAUGGGAACUGAAAGAACUCAGCAAAGUAGAGAAUGAGUUUAAAGCUGAAUAUGAAGAGCUGUCACAGCAGUGCAAACUCUUUGCCAAAGAUCUGCUGGAUCAAGCUCGAAGUUCGAGGGAGCUGGAGAUCAUUUUGAACCACAGAGAUGACCAGAGCGAUGAGUUAGAUCCCCAGAAAUGCCAUGACCUAGCAAAACUGAAGGUAGCCAUCAAGUACCAUCAGAAAGAGUUCGUUGCUCAGCCUAACUGCCAGCAGUUACUUGCGACAUUGUGGUAUGAUGGAUUCCCAGGCUGGCGCCGCCGACACUGGGCAGUCAAACUCCUAACCUGCAUCACCAUUGGGUUUCUAUUUCCAGUACUUUCUGUGGUUUAUCUGGUGGCGCCAAAGAGCAGACUGGGACUCUUCAUUAGGAACCCUUUCAUUAAGUUUAUCUGCCACACAGGCUCCUACCUGACAUUCCUUUUCCUGCUAUUGUUGGCAUCUCAGCACAUUGUCAAGACCGACCUUCACAUGCAAGGGCCACCACCAACUAUUGUCGAGUGGAUGAUAUUACCAUGGGUAUUAGGCUUUAUUUGGGCUGAAAUCAAAGAAAUGUGGGAUGGUGGGUUUACUGAAUAUGUACAUGACUGGUGGAACCUGAUGGACUUUGCAAUGAAUUCCUUGUACUUAGCCACUAUCACAUUGAAGAUUGUUGCCUAUGUGAAGUACAAUGGCUCACGCCCUCGUGAAGAGUGGGAGAUGUGGCACCCAACGUUGAUUGCAGAAGCCCUGUUUGCAAUAGCCAAUAUUUUCAGCUCCCUUCGUCUGAUCUCUCUUUUCACUGCAAACUCUCACCUGGGACCACUACAAAUCUCACUGGGCCGCAUGCUCCUUGAUAUUCUCAAGUUUCUCUUCAUUUAUUGCCUGGUGCUGCUUGCAUUUGCAAAUGGACUGAAUCAACUGUACUUUUACUAUGAGACCAGCGCUUCUGAAGAGCCCAAUCAUUGCAAAGGAAUACGGUGUGAGAAGCAAAACAAUGCAUUUUCAACAUUAUUUGAGACACUGCAAUCCUUAUUCUGGUCAGUAUUUGGUCUGUUGAAUUUGUACGUCACUAAUGUAAAAGCUCGGCAUGAGUUCACGGAAUUUGUUGGAGCCACCAUGUUUGGAACCUACAAUGUCAUCUCCUUGGUUGUCUUGCUUAAUAUGCUGAUUGCCAUGAUGAAUAAUUCUUACCAACUCAUUGCAGACCAUGCUGACAUUGAGUGGAAGUUUGCCAGAACAAAGCUUUGGAUGAGUUACUUUGAUGAAGGUGCAACUCUUCCACCACCUUUCAACAUCAUCCCCAGCCCAAAAUCAAUCUGGUAUCUCUGUAAGUGGCUACACAUGCACAUCUGUCCAAGCAGAGAUUCAGAGAACGAGCAAAAGCGUGAGAAUCUCAGAGAAUUUACAGAACGGCAUGCAGAUGAUCUGAUCCAAAAUCAACACUACCAGGAAGUCAUUAAAAAUUUAGUGAAAAGAUAUGUUGCGGCUAUGAUCAGAAGUGCCAAAACUGAUGAAGGACUUACAGAAGAGAACUUUAAGGAACUGAAACAAGAUAUCUCCAGUUUUCGCUAUGAGGUUCUUGACCUGUUAGGAAACAGGAAAUCAUCUCGAAGGACAUACUCUACCAGCAGUGAUGGGAUGCAGAUGGGAGAUAUGGAAGAUGAUAGUGCUGAAGAAAUGAAAAAAAUCGUGUCAUUCAAUUUGGCGGGUGAAAGUAAUGACAGGAAGACGUUGAAAAUGAACUCUUUCAGUGUUUCAGCUCUUAUCAAAUCAGUUUCUGGAAUUGACCUUAAUGAAGAGAAAUCCAAAAAUAACAGGAUGAGUAAGCAAAGUUCCUCAGUCAGAAAUGGUAAUCGAUUCCAGAGAUAUCCAAAUUCGAAGAAGGAUUCAUUUAAAAGACUUGGCCUUUUGUUCAGUAAGAUGAAUGGGCAACUAUCUGAACCAAGCCCAGAGCCAGUGUCAAGCAUUUCUGAUGGACUACUUCAAGCACAAAAUGUGUGGCAGGACUUCAAUUAUUCCCAAAUUUCCAGUUCUAACAAUAUAACAAAGAGUGAGAGCAGCCUUAAUGCUGUUGGUCUUAAUGAAGUAAACAGAAGAAACAGAAUUGAUAGCCAUUGUUCAGCUAACCAUGAUUCCUUUAAUUGUUCUUCCAAUAUCAGUACCUCCAAUAACAAACUCAUUGACUCGUCAAGUGACGUCUAUGACUCCUGGGGGGAAGCCUGUGACUUGCUAAUGACCAGGUGGAACAGUCAUCAAGAGGACUAUGUAACGACUCAAUUAUAAUACUGUAUAUCAAGAUACCACUUUACCACAAGAAACUUUGGGUCAUGUUCAUGAGGAAUUAUUUUAUAAAAUUAAAUAUAUGAGAAUGUGUGGCUGUAGGGGUGUUUUCU